AUGCCUCUCCUCGAACUCCCAGACGACGUUCUACCCAUCAUCCUAGCCUACCUGGAUCCAAAGGACUACCUCGCCUUUUGCCGCGCCUCCAAAGCGGUAUACUCGAAAUAUCGACAAGAUCCCGUGUAUUGGAGACAUGAGACCUCGAAUACAUUCCGUCUCCCAAUCAGCCCCCUUCUCGCGGCUGACGGUCCUCGCUGGUACUGGCUAUACAAGCGACUCAAGACCCAAACUCGACUUUAUACCUGGGGUCAAGGACUGAGAGGGAGCUUGGGGCCUGGAAGAGCUCUCUCGGUGCCUCGCCGACCGCCGACUCAUUUUACACCUCAUCCUCCCCAAAGGGUCCUCCCUCGCGUCCCUGCACACACUCACAUGAUACGCCCGUAUCCUGGCAGGGUUCCUUUCCAACGAACCUCUUCCAGCUGGCCUACAGAAGCUCACAUCCCAGACGAGGUAGGCGUGAUUGCUGAUCUCCAAUGCGGAGGCUGGUCCACUACCAUUUUAUCCUCUGAUGGCAAGCUGUACACCACCGGUUCAAUAGAUUCUAUGAACGGCAGACUGGUAGGCGAAUCUUCCGACCAUUUUCGGCAACUCCAGUAUCUAACUCAGAGCACUUCCGCCAUCCGCCACUUUUCUUCAGGCCGUCGUCAUGUUCUGGCACUUACUGAUGCAGGGAAAAUUGUCUCCUGGGACAGAAUCAAUGCAAAAGGUCUCAUGGUCUUCUCGAGAAAUGGGACGGAUUUCGGCGGGAGACCCGUUAGAGUUGCUGCAGGCUGGGGAGAGAGCUCUGCCUAUGUUCCCGAUAUAGGUAUCGUCUAUUGGAUUCCACUUCAAAAUGACCAGUUAGACGAAAUGCUGGAUGGAAAAGAAGUCAAAGAGAAAGUUGUUCCAGGAACCGCCAGGCGAAGAACCGAGACUGGACACGUUGAAGUCCUCAAGCACGUCCUUCUCGAAGAUUAUGUCGUAUGGAUAACGAACGAGUCCAAGGUUUACGCAUGUGCUCUUCAGGUCGACGACCCCGACCAGCCCGCUCCAACUCACUCUCCGUUCGAACUCCCGGGUUUCGACGCACCAGGCCGAGAGUUGAAGGAUAUUCAAGGCCAGUUUCACAGAUUUGGCGUUUUCACAGCAACCGGCGAAGUACUUGCUGGUGAUAUGGGCUACAUCAGACGCUGUGCUGAAGCCGUCCGGAGUCAGCCUGACUUACUAUCAUCAAAUGAUUGGUCUACCAUGACCACCUUGCUUGCCUCCAGACCUCAGGAUGUGCCUGCCAUGCAGCACACAGGCGUUAUAGCACUUGCAUAUGGUGACUACCACUACCACGCCCUGCACGCAGACGGCAAAAUCACUUCAUAUGGUACGGACUCCCAAUGCUGUGGAUCCUUAGGUCUUUCCGGGCCGGCGAAUGGUGGCCGUUUCCGUGGCCUGCGUCGAGAGAGACCUGGACUCCAGAUUGAUGCUCAGCUACUUCCUAUCGCUAAUAUCCGCGGCCGUCAAAUUUGGUUUGAACCUGAACGGAAAGAUUGGCUGCAAUGGAUGGAAGACCAGCUAGGUCAAGCACAUCUCACUGUCAACGGCCAGGCAGCCCGGCAUAUCUGGGAAACUGAUGCAGUCAAGCAAGCUGCAUUCAGUGAGUGGGUCGAGCAGGAAGGAAAGCAUUGGAAAGAAGGGCCUGCGAGCAAUGGAACCACGGAGUCGCAUACCAAGACAGCAGAGAAUCAGACUACAGAGGACUACGCAAAUCUGGGAUCCUACUUUCCGAUUGCCAUCGCGGCUGCUGGCUGGCACAGCGGGGCUUUGGUGCUUAUUGACGAAGAUAAAGCGCACGAAGUGCGCAGCAAAUGGGUUUUGCAGAGGCAAGAAAGCGACGAAGACAAGACGCGCUUGAUGCCAGGUGCGUUCGAGAGCCUGGAUCUUGAUGAGGUGUAUGUAUGGAAGAGAGAUGGGUUUCCCAAAGUGCAGUUACCCAAUGGGUUCGAAAUGCCAGGGGAAGGGCCGCUGAGACCUUGGAGAGACGGAAGGCCGACUAUGCGAGAGCUGGGCCUUGAAUGA